UUCGUAUAACUGGCUUCACUAAUAAGUUUAGUUUUCAUUCAUUUGUCUAUUUGCGAUAGGGAAAGGUUCUUAAGUAGUUAUCCUAAGUAAAAAAGCUGCAAUUUUACUUAAAAACAUGAGCGUAAUGAUCUUAUUCUGUGGUCGUAGACCGUGAUAUAAUACGUUAAAAAGCCACCCACGCCUUCUCUAAGUGCUUCCAGCACGUGAGCUUGACGGCGUAGGUUAUUUCCCGCUCUUUCGUAAAAGGCCAGUACCUUACCGAAGCUCUAGUGGGACGUUUUUGCUUCUCACCGAUUGGUUGUCAACAGAACAGGCAGACCCCGCCUCCUGGUUUGUGCGAUUCUGUAAAUUAAAUCUGUUCUGGAAAAAAAUAUUAUACAUUAAAAGAACUUGAACGUAUUUGAUUGUGUUUUCGUUACAUCAAAUUAAAGAUAACGUGUUUUCUUGAAACUCGGAAGCAGAUUUUGAGAGUGGAAGUUAUUUAGUCGCAUAUUGGUUGUGAAUCCGUAUGGACUACCAACUUGUAAUAACAUGGGCAAAGUGCAAAGUAAGCACGGAGAAUGUUUUUUGGUCAAUGCACCAUUGAAUCCGUUGUGUCAACCAGAUCUCGAUGAAGAUGUCAGCAGUUUGAAAACAGUUAAUUAUGUUAGUCGACAUAAAAACUCCUCUUUGAAGCUGUUCCAGUAUCAGAGUGAUGACGCUAUGCAGAAACAAAUCGGGCUAAAAUUAGACAAAGCAAACACUCUACGAGAAGUCCUACCUUCAGGGAUAGCUAGCAUCAAAGACAAACCAAACCCAUCAGAGCAAGAAAGGAGAGAAAAGGAAGAAAAAAUCAGUCGGUGCACAAAUGACGUUUCACGUGACUUAUCUGUGGAGGAUCUGGAGAAGCAAGAGUUCUGCUUCACACUGUAUAAAUUUAAUGGACAUAAGAACAUCACCAAAGAUGAUACUGAGGGACUAGUGCAGUCUAUUCAUGAUGCUCUAGGGAAUUCGAUCAGACUUCCUCCUUCUGGUAGCCGCACCGUCAAGGUCAAGUUAGCGGUCUCACCCAACUCGGCAAGCUCAGAGGAGAAAGAUGAUGUACUUCACUGGAAAGACAAAACUAAAAAGAAGCCAGUGUAUGUGAAAAAAAUGGGGAAUGCACUCAAACAGAGUAGUAUUAAUUUAUCUUGUUCAUCACCAGAAAAAGAGAGCUCAAAACGCAAGUGCCAUGAUGUUUCCUCUGAAACUGCCAAUUUUCUAAGAUCUUCCUCUGAAGUAAAGCCAAAUAUUUGUUUCCUGGCUGCACCCAAAUUCAAGCAAGGGUGCUGGUCAAACUCUCUUCAGAGAAGGAGGGUUAGUUUGGAAACAGCUUGUCUUGACUGCCCUGACAGACAUGGGAAACCGUAUGGAGAAGAACGUCAGCAUAAACAGCACCGUAGACAUCGUCGUUGUUGUAGAAACCACCUGAGUGAAAUUUGUGUUCAUCAUGAUAACUAUUUGAACAAGAAUGCAUGUGAAAAGUUACCCCAUGGUUGUUGUGACUCAUUUUCUUAUGGUAUGUGUGACAAAAACCACUUGAACCGGCAAGCACCCUCCCACCAGGAGGACUCAGACUGUGUUAAAAAACUUGGUAAUUAUAGUCAUCAGAAAUCAAAGUCUUAUGAUGCCAAUUCUACACUUAAACUUUCACAAAAUCUUGUUUUUUCUGACCAGAAAGACAAUCUCUCCAAUGUAAAUUCUGACCUGUGUGGCUUGUUCCCUGAGAAAAAGUUUAAUUGGGAACAGAAAAUUACCCAGAAGUGGCCCGAGUCUUUUGGUAUGUAUGAUCACUCAAAAUCAGGAGGGGUGAAUUCUCCUAAAAUACAGAUAAAGACAAAUAGUGGUGUAAAAGCAACAGGUUCUGAACCACAGGUACCUCCAAAUCAUCAUCACAAGCAUAAACAUCGGGAAUACCAGAAGAUGCAAACAAUGCAACAGGUAGCUGACCAGUUAGAGAGUACGCAUCUUGGUGUAACAUCUAAGGAAAAUGGUAGUAGUAACACUCAGUCAGUGAUUCAGAGAUACCAUCACUUCCAUGAACAUGUGCAUCAUCACUAUUACCAUUAUUUACCUUCUUAACUUUUGCUGGAAAGGUUUCAGUGCUGCCACAUACUAGGCUAUUCCAAGUUUGUCCUGAAGAUACAAAGUAAGUUGUAGGCCCCACUAGUACGUUUACUAAGGUAAAAAUAACUCCCAAAGAAGAUAACCCUUUCAAUGAUGGAAUUUAUCCAUAGUCUUGAAAUUUGGUAAUAAUGAAAUAAAGCCAUUUUCAUGAAAAGUUGGUUUACGUUUAGAAACCUCCAUAUUUGUUUUAGUGAAACUACAGUGUCAACAUAAACGUAUGGGUGCCAUGUGUAAUUAUGAUGCAUGACAUUUAAUAAUAACUAUAUUUUGUACAGGUUUUGUUUUGUAUAGUAAAACAUUAUAAAUAAGUCACUGAUGCUACUCCAACAUCAGUGUACGUUGUGAACAUCGUUCAGAAUUCUGCUUGUGGUUCGACUGAUCCUUCAGAUGGCAAUCCAUGAUGUACAGUAAAUUUUAUAUAUUGUAAGUUUAAACAGUUCGCUACAAGCUGCAUGAUCUAUGGUCAUAUUAAGAUAAAAUGAAAAGUCUUUAAAUUAAUAUGGUCAUAUACCAUUUUUUACAAAGAUGUUCACUUAUUAAAGAAAUCUGAUUAACUGCUCGUAUGUACAACAGGGACCACUUGGACCUUCUAGGCUAUCCUUGUACAUCCAUCUUUAAGAAAAGUGAAACUUUAAACCCACCCUUUAUAUUUAAGGAAAUCUUACAUUUCCCUCUUAGGCUUCUGUAAAAUGGUGGAUCAAGUACUGACCCCUGAGGCACAAUCCCCGUAAAAAGGGUCCAGUUUGACUGGAUGUUAUUAAUAACAACCUUUUUCAAUCAUUCAAUAAUCAAAUUAGUGUUAACCCAGUUCUUUUUUUUUCAGCUAAUAUUCUGUGAAGCACAUUAUAAAAAGAUUUUUAAAACUUAAGAACAUGAAGUUUACAUUUUUCAUAUAACAAGUGACAUUCUUGAAAGAAGAUUAGUAUGGCAAGAUUUACCUUUAGUGAAACCCUAAUGGCUUUAUUAUAUCAUAUUUCACCAAAUGAUUUUGUGAAGCAUCUUUUACCCGAUUCUUAAUCUUUCUAUUACAGAAGUAAGACCAUCUGGCCUAUAGUUUCCAGGGUAACACUUAUCACCCCAUUUGAAAAUAAUAGUAACAUUAACAAUUCUCCGAUCCUCAGGCCCCUGCUUACUGAUUUACGAAAAAAAAUGCAAGAGAAAGACUUUUAUAUCUGACCUUUGAUUUACUUUGGCACCAUUGAGAAAACCCUUUGGUCGUGGUACUUUAGCUGGUUUUAAACAUAGUAAACUUUUAAUGGCUACUUAUCUUUAAGUACUUGUAUACAAAUAUGAAUGGGACACUUAUUAUGGCUGGUAGACUCGGAGUGUAUCUAAACUUGGAUGGAACCACAGCAGAGAUUGUAUUUGUUUUGAUUGAAAACAUCAAGAAUGCACAGGUAAAAAAACCUGUCUGUGUUAAUUUCGUUAUUAAAGAAAGUAUAAUAGAACCUAAUAAACUAUUUAUAUUAAAAAAACUUUAUUUCAACUUUUACUGGUUCAGAUAUAUUAUUUUUAAAAAUGUCCUCUAAUUUCUAUAAGGUUGUUACUUUUGAGAAUAUAUUUUACAGAACUGUUAGUGAUAUUUUUAGAAUAAAUACAAUUGAAAUGGUUAUCAUAUUAGUUGAAGUUAUUUUGAUUCUAUUUUGUAUGAUGCAUAGAAAUAUUGAUUAGCAAUUAUUGUUCAAGUUUUGAAAAGAUGUGUUCUAACUACUUGUCGAUAGAAAUUAUCAAAGCAUAUAUUUAUAUAUUUUUUCUAAUUGUAAUACAGAGAUUAAUAAUACUUUUAUUA